CCAUAGUGCAUCUUGGCAUGGAGCUGAUACAAAACUAAUCUAUUUACAUAUAGAUAUAUACAAUUACAGUCUUAAAUUCUGCAGUUGUGCUCCUAAACCAUUUAGCACAUUAUUUGCUCUAAGAGAAUAUUAGAGUAACAUUACAGUAUUUAAUUAGAGAAGAUGGCUUGCUCGGGAGAUUCAGCUACUUCCAAGAAGACUCGCAACCCUAAUUUCUCGCAUCAACAGAAUGUUGUACUUGUUGAUCUAGUACUCGAAUACUAUGAUAAUAUUUAUGGUAGUCGAGUCAAGCAAACCCCCAGUGCCCGUAAUAAGAUUAUUUUUUGAAAUAAUUAGUGACGCUGUGAGUGCUCAAGGACCAACGAAAAAAGAUAUUGAAUCCUGCAAAAAAAGGUUCAAUGAUAUCAAGCGUCAAACUAAAGGCAAAAUUGCCAAAGAAAAGCAAUAUGCAAGGGGUACUGGAGGCGGACAACCUUAUGUCGCAGAUUUGACUGACUUUGAAAGAAAAGUUCUACAGAGGCUUGGCACGGAGGUCAUCGAGGGCAUAACUGAUGACUCUGAUCACGAUAUUCGAGGUGGUUCUGUUCGAACAUCGACUUCUGCAUCUGUCAAUACCCCAUCUACCUCUAUAGGACAGCUACCACGUCCGUCGACAUCACAUCAAAUAGAAAAUAUGAAUAUUAGACAACAACCACAACAUGGGCAAUAUAUACGCUCCACAACAAAUACAAGCCACAGUCUAUCGUCUGCUGAUACUAUUCCAGAUGUAAGGAGCAGUACACCGGACACAGGGGUUGGAAGAAGCUCUGCGGAUGUUGGACGUCUAUUCCGAGCUAUGAUGACAGAUUCUGCACCACUUUUUGAUGAUAUCGUUGAGGAGGAUGUUUCUUCUAGAGUGUUCAUUCUGAAUCUUGUUCCAGUUAGAGCACAUAGUCCAGAGGUUAUAUCUCCAGACUGUCGAAGCUUAACACCUGACCUCUCACAGAUGGCACAAGAUCAGGAUUUUGAUAUUCAUGAGCCUGUAAGAAACCCCUCUAAUGAUGAUGAGAAUCCAAAUUCACCACAUGAUGUUGUUCAAGAGCCGGCAAUUGAACCUUUUGAACCUGCACCUGCUAAACCUAUACUGCAAGAGCAGUUAUUUGAGAGUUUGUAG